CAUCAGUGCCAAAAGGAAAAAAACACUGUGUCGGUAUGAGUGUGACCCCCAUUUGACCCAUACCUCUUUUUUCUUUUCUCUUCUUUUCUUGAGGAAUAAUCAAAAUUGUCCCUACAGAAUUUUACAUUACAUUCACAAAGAUUGCUAUCACCGCCACGAACCGACACCAAAAUGGGGAAGGAAGCGGCGCCCUCCUCCGCCCCUUCCAACGCCUCCACCGUUGGGAAGCUAUUCGUUUGCUUUGAAACAAAACCAUUAGGUGCCACAUUGCUAGCUCUCACCUUAGUUAUGCUUCUCUGGAACCUUCCUCCUUACUACCAAAACCUCCUCUCCACCACCCGUCCCUGCUCUGCCCCUCCUGUGACUUCCGUCGCCGCGGCCACGUCCAAUUUACUCUCUAACAAUGCUUCACGCCCUUAUACAGCCACUCCAGUAGCUGAAAAGAAGUACUCCUCGGCUCCUAAAGCUAAACCCAGUGACCCAAAUAAGCGAGUGUUCGAGGCUUACGGUAACGCGGCUGCUUUAUUUGUGCAGAUGGGUACGUACAGAGGCGGUCCUACAACGUUCGCGGUGGUGGGAUUGGCGUCGAAGCCCAUUCUUGUGUUCGGUCGGCCGUGGUAUAAAUGCGAGUGGAUCUCAAAUAACGGGUCUUCUUUCAGGGCCAAGGCCUAUAAAAUGCUUCCAGAUUGGUAUGGGCGUGUCUACACCGUGGUGGUGGUGAAUUGCACCUUCCAUUUUAACCCAAACCAAGACAACCUUGGUGGGAAGCUGAUGGUCAACGCCUACUACGGGGAGUCCCAAAGGAAGUACGAGAAAUUCACGGCCUUGGAGGAGGCCCCUGGAUCUUACAAUGAGGCCAAGUACCGCCCACCUUUUCAGUACGAAUAUUUGUACUGUGGGUCAUCUCUAUAUGGGAACCUCAGUGCUGACAGGAUGAGAGAAUGGAUGGCUUACCAUGCCUGGUUCUUUGGACCAAGCUCCCAUUUCGUGUUUCAUGAUGCGGGUGGGGUCACGCCCGAGGUCAUGGCAGCGCUCGACCCUUGGGUGCGAGCCGGGAGGGCUACGGUGCAGGACAUCCGAGGCCAGGCGGGAUUCGAUGGGUAUUAUUAUAAUCAGUUUUUGGUGGUGAACGAUUGUCUGCAUCGCUAUCGACACGCUGCCAAUUGGACUUUCUACUUCGAUGUGGACGAGUAUAUCUAUUUGCCUGAUGGGAAUACUCUGGAAUCGGUGUUGAAUGAGUUCUCCGAUUAUACACAGUUUACCAUUGAGCAGAAUCCAAUGUCCAAUGUGCUCUGCUUGAAUGAUUCCUCCCAACAAUAUUCCAAGCAAUGGGGAUUCGAGAAACUACUCUUCAGGGAAUCAAGAACCAGAAUUCGACGUGACAGGAAAUAUGCAAUUCAGGCGAAGAAUGCCUAUGCAACAGGAGUGCACAUGUCGGAGAAUGUGAUUGGGAAGACAUUACACAAGACAGAAACAAAGAUUCGUUAUUAUCACUAUCACAACACGAUAACCGAACACCAAGAGCUAUGCAGGGAGUACCUCCCCCUCUCUGCCAAGAACAAUGUCACUUGGUUCAAUAAGCUACCCUAUGUGUACGAUGAUAAUAUGAAGAACCUCGCCAACACCAUCAAGGAAUUCGAGCGCAAUACCAUUGGAAACCUACGCCUUAACUGAUGAUCUUAUGACCCUUACUGUGCCUGCAGCUACCACGUAAUCAUCCACGUGUCCAACACCGCAGUUUAAUGCGAUAAUGGUUGAGCAGUCAGGGUCACUUCUGAUUUGGGUUGCUCAAAUUUUACUCUUCUUUCCUGCCGGGUAUCUGACCGCACCCAUCGCUACCUGUGACGAGAAACUCAGGGAAAAAGCAGGAAGGCGGCCCCGAUAUUGUUUUGAUUUGUCUGUAAAGGUGAGUGUUUUACUUGUACCAUUCCCACAACCCCACCCCCCUUCCUUCCCCACCCCUUAAUAAUUUAAUUUGAUUCUAUAUCUCUAGCGGAAUACUUGUAAAAUUGUUUCUUUGCAUUUUUAUGUUAUUGCUUUAUAGAUUCAUGCCAGU